AAGAUAAAGAACGUUUUGAUCGGUCGGUAUCUGCAGACCGCUUGAGUUCAUAUUGUGGUGUCUAGUGUGGCGCGUCUUUUCUCCCGAGAGAACCUCCAUCCCCAUACUCACCCACAGUGCUUGGCUCACCUCCUCGUCCGUUCUCGUUAACCCCACAGAGCUAAGUAUACGCUUUCCUGAGGUGAAUUUAGUGGUUUCCACGUCCGCACUAAGCAUCAUCUACUUGUUCGGUGACGUCUGUAAACGCGAUCACGAUAUCGGCAGCUCCUUCUUAGAAAACAUUCUUUCGAAAACACUUUACUCAUCGCCAUCUCCAGUAAAUCAAGAGUAUCAACAAGUAGAGCUUCUACAUAUUAGAGUUUCGAUCAUAUAGCAGGUCUUGGUCUUCUCCAGACCCCCAACGUUAAUCAGCAAAGAUGGCACUUGACGGCGUGUUUCGCAUGAAGGGCGCAACGCCCAAUGCUAUGAAUGAAAUGGCGACUAACGUCAUAAACAACGAAAAACAAUACCUACCAGCACCGCGAAUCGGCUGUGUGCCUGCCAUCAAUGCGGCGAAGUUGAAGAAAACUUGGGUUGAAAGACCGCCGAAUGUCAGGGUACUUUUGUUGCUCUAGUAUUUAAACUUGGGUUGCAAGACCACCGAAUGUUAGGGUAUUAUUGAUGCUUUAAUGUAUGCAAGCGUCUCGUUUAAGUAGAGGACAACUCUUGGGUGAUACUUUCUCGUCUUGAUCAAUUUCAUGUGGACCGAUCAACACAGGUGCAUCUGUAUGACCAAGGAACAUCACUCCCCUCAUCACAAAUCACAGCACGACGAUGCGGUCCUCAAGCAGUUGACCUAUGGUUGUAACAGCAAAACGCAAGUUCGAGAGCUGCAGAAGGUUUAUCAGGGGAGAGCAGAUCACAGAGAUAAGAAGCUGACAAUAGGAAGUCACUUCACGGAUCCGAGUGGUACUAUUUUCCUGGAAGUGAGUCACUUCACGUGGUAGUUGAUGUUUUGGGUUUUUGAGGCAAACGAACUCUCGCAGGUGGAACAGUAACUUUAUAAAAAGUUUCUUCCUCCUGCACCACCUCUAUGAAUAUUGAAUCAAGCUACAUUCAUGGGCUCUACUAUCAACGUUGUCCCAUUCACUACCAGAUCCAGCCAUGCUCAAUCUUCAAGACGAAUGCGAACAAGUCCUAGCCAAAGGAAAACAGGCGAAUGUAGAGCGAUUUGUCCUACCGCAGACAUCAGCAGGAGUCGUCGGACAACUUGCAGUGAAUCCAUUGGAUCCCAAGUAUUAAACACAGUGGUUUUUAUCAUCCUAUCCUAAAUACUGACUUUAUUGAAAAGUCCUAGGUAAAUCUCAUUAGUAUCCUAUCCUCUCAUUAUUAUCCUAUCCUAUCCUAUUAGGUUUUUAUUAAUCCGUUGGAGGAGCCUACGUUAUAUUCCUUGCAGUGAAUCCAUGAUUCGUGGAGCCAAGCUUUUCUUCGUUCUCUUCCGACGUAUGAUGAAUCCGAUGUAUGAUGAAUCUCCAUCUCCUUGCUGCAUCAUCCUCCCAACCAGGUGGCGUCGUUCCGAAGGUCCAGGUCAGACAUGGCGCUUUCCGAAGGACGAGUGCGACAUCGUGUUAUUCGGCAAGCAAUACUACGAAACUUGUGGUGUCAAUAUGUUCUCACAUCGAGCGAAGGAACAGCUGUUUGCGGGACAGCCUCAAUAGGGUCGACGUGGAGAUCAUUUCAAGGACAAAAAACACAUCAUGCAGUACAUCAUAAUCAUUUUCAAUCGCCGAUUGAAUUUGACUCUGAGCUCGAUGAUCUGAUGAAAUUGCAUCGUCGGAAUGGUGAAACUCGUGCUUGACUGUUCGAUCGAUCGAUCGAUCCUCUUGUGCCUUGGAGGAGAAUAAAGAAAAAAUAACACCGAGGAGAACACGUCAGCACUAAUUUGUUGUUGUUGGCGUCGAACACGGCACUAGUAUGUUGGCGUGGCGAAGAACAGAUGAGAAUUGUAUGCAGAGCUUGUGUUGGAAGGGAGCGCAGGGAUAAAAAAUACCCGAAGCAACCAGCAUCAUCAAUGACUUCACGCUAUAGUUUAUUUUGGUGACGAAACGAAACUUCAGAAUCAUUGCAUAUCAAGAACGUACGGGCAGUACCAGAGAUAUCUCUAUCUGAUCUAUCUCUCCGCGUUCAUGAUCUAUCUCUGCGCGUAACUUCGCACGGGCACAUGGCUGCACAGUUUCCUG